UUGGGAUUUCCUUGUUGUCAAAACACAGAAUGGAUGCUGUGAUUUUAGCUAACGUUAGCUAGCUAAAUCACUUCAAAGUUACGUAGAUACCCAGUUUAUUGCAAUAAUAAUUGUAAUCUCUCCAUUUGUCCAACUCUGUCAGCUUUUAAACCAAGGUUUUUGCGUUAUCGAAAUGGGGAAAGGUUGCAAAGUUGUGGUGUGUGGUUUGGCAUCUGUAGGAAAAACAGCCAUCCUUGAACAGCUGUUGUAUGGCAAUCACGCUGUUGGUUCAGAGUCCACUGAGACCCAGGAGGAUGUGUAUGUGGCAUCGGUGGAAACGGAUCGUGGUGUAAAGGAACAGUUACGUCUCUAUGACACCAGGGGGCUCCACGACGGCCUGGACCUUCCCAAGCACUACUACUCUGUGGCAGACGGCUUUGUGCUGGUCUACAGUGUGGACAGCCUGGAGUCCUUUAAGAGGGUGGACGUCCUCAAGAAGGAAAUAGACAAGUCCAGAGACAAGAAAGAGGUGAUGGUGAUCGUGCUAGGGAACAAGACAGACCUGCGUGAGCGUCGUCAGGUGGAGCAGGAGGCAGCGCAGCAGUGGGCGCGGGGGGAGAAGGUCAAGCUCUGGGAGGUCAGCGUCACUGAGAGGAACUCUCUCAUCGAACCCUUCACCAUGCUCACCAGCCGCCUCACACAGCCUCAGAGCAAGUCUGCCUUCCCUCUUCCAGGACGCAAGAGCAAGGGCACGGCGUCCAACGACAUAUGAACUGAACUCAACCUCAAGAGCACCUAAGUUCCAAGUACUUCAGGGGGGAGAUGUUACAGAGUAGGGUUGAUGAGUUAGCCAGCCAACUUCAAUUAAUAUUCUGACUUCAUAUCACCAUGACUCUACAUUCCAUAGACAACCAACAACCCAUAUUAAGAGCUUUUUAUUUAAUUUUUUAUUGACUAGCAAAUCAAGAGAUGUAUCUUAAUGUUUAUCAAAGUGAGCUGGCUAAAUGAGUGAGCCUGCUUUGUGGUGUCAUACACCCCUCUGGUUUCAGUGUGUCCCAUCCUAUGCGAUGGCUAUAGUAGCCGCUGUACAGCAAGGUCUAGGCCCAUCUAAUGCGCCUUUAGAGUGAGGCAUAUUACCUAGUGUAUGGCCUACUACCAUAUAGUGUACGGCAUAUUACUAGAUACUACCUAGUGUAUGGCCUACUACCAUCUAGUGUACAGCAUAUUACUAAAUACUACCUAGUGUAUGGCCUACUACCAUCUAGUGUACGGCAUAUUACUAGAUACUACCUAGUGUAUGGCCUACUACCAUCUAGUGUAUGGCAUAUUACUAGAUACUACCUAGUGUAUGGCCUACUACCAUCUAGUGUACGGCAUAUUACUAGAUACUACCUAGUGUAUGGCCUACUACCAUCUAGUGUAUGGCAUAUUACUAGAUACUACCUAGUGUAUGGCCUACUACCAUCUAGUGUAUGGCAUAUUACUAGAUACUACCUAGUGUAUGGCCUACUACCAUCUAGUGUACAGCAUAUUACUAGAUACUACCUAGUGUAUGGCCUACUACCAUCUAGUGUAUGGCAUAUUACUAGAUACUACCUAGUGUAUGGCCUACUACCAUCUAGUGUAUGGCAUAUUACUAGAUACUACCUAGUGUAUGGCCUACUACCAUCUAGUGUACGGCAUAUUACUAGAUACUACCUAGUGUAUGGCCUACUACCAUCUAGUGUAUGGCAUAUUACUAGAUACUACUUAGUGUAUGGCAUAUUACUAGAUACUACCUAGUGUAUGGCAUAUUACUAGAUACUACCUAGUGUAUGGCCCGGUAGCAAUAAAAAAAACAAUGGUACGACCUUGAUCAGGUAUGUUGCUCAUGUCUGAUUAUUAAAUGUCUGUAAAUGGUUGUUUUUGUGUAUUUGUUAAUACAAAAGCUGUGUAGUUUAGCUUUGUACAUGUUUUAUUUACCUAAUUUAUUUGUCACUUUACUAAACUUAAUUCCUAGCGGGUAGGAAUGGGAUGAAAUGUGGCUUCUGUCAUGUGUCCAAAUAAUAUCCUCUCUCCUGAGGUGUACACUCGUUCAGUACUACAAACGUAGAAGCAUUGGAUUGGUGGAGGCAUAGGCCAGGAGUUUCCACCAUAUUUCUGAAAGUAGUUUUCUUUCAAUUCAGUGAAUUGAACACUGAGGAUGGAGGGAUAAUUUGAACAUUGCCUGUGUCCUUCAUGUCUUGUGUGAGACCUAGCUAAAUAAAUGUAAUAUUUUAUGCUGCUA